AUGUCCCGACUUACGAUUUUCUUUGUUAUCGCUGUGGCGUACGAAGUCAUCGCAGAUGGGAAAGCCACAGAUUCCCGAGCAGAGCAGACUGGGUUUAUCUCUCCAGUGAUCGCAACUGGCAACCUUGGACUUGCGGGCGCGGCGGUAGCUGGAGGCGCAGGCAUCAUCAGUGGUCCCGCUAUCGUAGCAGCUGGACCUGCAGUAGUUGCCGGAGGUCCCGUGAUCGGAUCUGGUGCUGCACUAAACAACGCGGCAGCCGUUGGGGCAGCUCAAUUAAGCGCUAUCCAGAAUGCACAAGCUGUUCAAGCCGCACAGAUCGCUAACUCAGCUGCUGCUGCCAUCCAAGAAGCGCGUGCUACUGAAGCAGCUGCCCGCGCUGGACAAGCACAAGCCAUGAACAACGCUGCCGCCUUGAAUGCUGCCCGUGUCGCUAACAUCCAGCGCGCUCAGGCCGCGGCUUGGGAGAACGCGAGAGCCACAGAGGCCGCUAGACGUGCUGGUGCUGGAGCUGCGUUGGAGGCGGCACGAGCUGCAGAAGCAGGGCGCGUGGCCGAAGCCGCGCGUGUUCAAGCCAUCGCUAUUGCCAAUACUCGUAACGUAGAAGCCGCUCGCAUUGCCAACGCUGCCCGUGCUCAGGCCGCCGCUGUCGCAAACAGCGCCGCUCAGGCGCAAGCUGUAGCUGACACAGUCGCCAGGACUGCUCAUGAUGGAGCCUUGUUGCUGGGCGGUGGCUCCGUACUGGCCGCGCCCGCUGUCGCAGUCGGAGGACUCGGUGGCUACGGACUUGGAGGUGCAGGGAAGCUCAUCCACCACUAA